AUGGCUUUGACGCAGCCCCUUCUUGGGCCACGGCGGCGGUCGAAAGCGGUGGUGGACCCGCACUCGGUCAACAAUGACAUCAUGCAAGCGACGGAGAUGAGCACAAAGAACGGCAACGUGGAACUCAGCAAUGCGGCAAAAGACUUCGCAGCUGAGGGAGCCGCCCGCGUCGUUGUCACAAAGCUGAUGACGGGGAUAGAGGCGACCUUCACCUUGGUUAGCUUCCUCUUGAACGUGGCACAGAUGACAUUGCCCUUUUGCUUUGCUCGAGUUGGCUGGUCUGCAGCUCUCCUGAUGAUGCUGGUGACUGGGCUCUGCAUGCACACCGCGCUAAUGCUGCAGGAGGCACUGGUUACACUGGUUUCUCGGGGCACUCCAUUCCCCGAGUACUCGGAUUUGGCCCGGAGUGCCUUUGGCCCUGCCUUUGCUACAAUGACACAGGCAGUCGCCAUGGCUGAACUGGCAGCAUACAGCAGUAGUUGCUCGAUCAACCUUGGCAAAGCUUUGGGGGCAAUGCUGCCAGUCUCGGAAGGCACAGCGAUCCUAACCAGUGCUGCCGUGUGUGUGCUUCUGUCUGCCUUCUCAGACCGCGUCUUUGCCUACAUUGGCUUGCUGUCAUCGCUGGCAUCAGUUUCGAUUUUUGUCAUUCUGGUGCACAGUGGUUGGCAGGCAAUGCGCUGGUCAGAGGAUACAGCCUACAUUGCAGACCCACAGUACAUCCCCACCUCCUUCGCGAUGAUCCUGUUCAGUGCGGGGACGCACCCGUUGAUUUGCACCGUGCUGCACAGCACGCGCAGCCACACGGAGCUACGCCGUGCAAUCCUGGGUGCCUGGACAGUUUUUUUGGUUGCGACCAUUGGCUUUGGCAGCAUUGUGUACGGCAUUUUUGGUCCCUCUUUCCAGCCUGACAUCAUCGCCAACAUUGGAGGUGAGUUCAGGGUGAUUGCUGGUGUCUGGAUGGCAAUCAAAGUGCUGGGAAUUGCAGUUCCCAUGGCGCGACCUCUGGGCAAUGCUUAUGGACGGGCCUUAGGAGUAUUGUGCCCCACUGAAAUUGCUGGCCCUCUGGUCAUGUUGCCAGUUCUUUUGUGCAGUGCUGCAGUGGCAUUGUACUUCGCCGACCAGAUUGAAGCAUUGGAAAGUGUGGUGGGCUGCACAAUCACCAGCUUCAACGUCCUUCUGGUACCGGCCAUGUCGUACAUUCUGAUCUGCAAGCCGAGCGGAGCCAGCCGCUACUGUGCGAUCUGCUAUGCCGCAUUGGGUGGGGCGAUGUCAAUUUCCCCCAUGGCUGAUUUUGUGCGUCAGCUGAUGCAGUAG